ACACAGACGCGGAUUAGGGAUCAACUGUUCGUUCGCGCACUGGAUUAUCAACUUCUGAAUCUGGCAUCCCUCUGAAUUCCACGGUUUAUUCGAAUCCUUCGCGGAGUACUUGUAAAUAGCUGUCAUUUACACGACUGACGGAAUCCCAAUGGCAUCCAAUAAUAUGUACAGAGUCGGGGAUUUCGUUUAUUUUGAAUCAUCAGCCACUGCUCCAUAUCAAAUCCGUCGAAUAGAUGAACUUAAUAAAACUCCUACUGGUGCUGUUGAAGCUAAAGUUGCCUGUUACUACCGUAGACGUGAUGUAUCCAGUGCUUUGAUUAACCAGGCAGAAAAAUAUUAUGGCAGUGAUGAUGAUUAUGAUGAAGAAUGUACAAAUGAGAUAGCCAAUUCAAAUAAUAAUGAUAAUAACUCCAAAGAAGGCUUAAAACGCUCUAAUACUGUAAUCACCGAACAACAAAAGCAUCAGUUAAAACAUCGAGAAUUGUUUCUUUCGCGACAAGUUGAAUGUCUACCAGCUACGCAUAUUAGGGGCAAAUGCUCGGUUACACUACACAAUGAUGCAGAACCAUUGACAAAUUACCUAGCCAGAGAUGAGGCAUUUUAUUAUAAACUUAUAUAUGAUCCUAAUUUAAAGACUCUUCAAGAAGAUAGAGGUUCAAUGAGAAUUGGAUCAGAUUAUCAGUCUGAGAUACAAUGCUUACUAAAAUCAAAAUCAGAAGAUGUACGAUUGACUGAAGUACAUGAGGAGUUAGUUUGGUCUCCUUCCCAUUCAUUAACAGUUCAAGAGAUCGAUAUGUUUUGUUUAUUAGCCAAAGCCGUUGGCACAUACGGUCGUGCACAUGAUACUUCAUCAUCUACUAGACAACCACUUCUACUGAGUGCUACAGCUUCAGCUGCACGUGAUAUAACUCGUCAACAUGCGCAUGAUAUACUUCAUGAAGCCAACUACGACUUGAACAAAGCCAUAAAUCUUCUAUUACCUGGUGGUCAACCUAUUAUUUAUCGUGAUCAAUUAGAAGAUUGGUCUGCAAAUGAAACAAAUAUAUUUGAAGAAGCAUUAGAUAAAUAUUCGAAAGUAUUCACAGAUAUACUUUCUAAUUGCUUACCAUGGAAAACUCAUAAAUCAAUAGUUGAACUUUAUUAUUUUUGGAAAACUACAGAUCGUUAUGUUAGACAACGUCGAACUAAAUUAGCUGCUCAGGAACAUAAAUUAAAACAAGUUUAUAUUCCAAAUUAUAAUAAACCUAAUCCAGCUGUAUUAUAUCACAAUACGGAUAAAACAAUUAAUCGACCAUGUGAAGGAUGUGGAUCAUUAAAUUCCCCUCAAUGGUAUGCAUGGGGUCCAUCGAAUGCUAACUCUCGUCUAUGUACCGAUUGUUGGUCUUAUUGGAAACGUUAUGGUGGUUUGAAAAGUAUCGAAUCUAAAGAGCGUCCUACCACAACCUUACGCACUCAGCAACAGUUAAACAAUUCAACAGUUGAAACUAAUUCAAAAUCUGGUGGUCCUAUUAACAUUACCGGAUCAGUGAAUCAUCAAUUCAAAUCUCAUUCUAUUGGCUUAUCAAGUGGAGCUUUAGAUGGUGGUGACAUUGAUCCAUAUACAAAUGACCAUCAUCAUAAUAAUAAUACGUCUGCUACAAACAUGACUAAUAAUGCCAAUCUUUCCGCUGCUAAUAGUAAAUUAAUUGAUGGAUCUGGAUUCUUCGGUACUUUAAUCGGUACCCCAAGAGGAACGCAAUGCUUUAGAACUCCGUCCAUUAUACGUCUAGCACGCAUACUUUGUCCAAAUCUUGUUCAACCUCUACGUUUAGCUCGACAUCCUGGUGGAGUACCAGAAAUUUUCUCAUCUAAGCAACAAGUCCAACAUGAAAGCGAACGCAAUGAAUCUGAUCUAACAGGGAUGGAUAAUUUGUCUGAAUCUAAUAUGAUGUUGAUGUAUGCAACACUGAAGGCUGCUGCCCAGCCGAUAAUAGCACGUAUACACGAUCCAUCAAUUUUAUUGACUCGACCACGGAGAGCACGACGCUUAAAUGAUGUGAUUGAUUCAAUGGCUUCACGUAAAGGUAUUGUGUUUCAGCCAUUAGAUCUAUCAUCAACUUUAAAGUUAUCAGUUGCAAAUGGUCCUGCCUACGAUCGUAAACGUCCUCAUUCACCUGUCUCUAUAAAUGCACCAUCUUCAAAAAAAUUACAUGAAACUGACGAUAAAGUAAAUAAGAGUAAAAACUCGUCAAUGUUGACAGAAAAUAUCACAAGUGAAAAAUGUCUAACUAAUGGAAAGAGUACGGCAUCUGUUAUGGGCACUAGUCCGUUUAUUACUAAGUCCGAUUGUUCUUUUUCAUCCGCCUCCACUGCUGUUUCAUCCAGGCCAAAAAAAUCAGCAUUAACAACUGAUCCUAGUUUAAUUAAUCAGAAUUUAAUUUUAACUAGUAAUGGAAUUUCUACUGAUGACAGAACAACAAUCAUAUCGAAAUUUGAAUCGGAGCUAAUUCAGGUGUGUUAUUUUUAAUUGAUUUAUUCAGAAAAUAUAUGUUUGAUGCUUUAAAUUUUUAAGAAUAUGAAGCAGUCUCGGAAUAUACCUUUAUUCUAAGUUUUUUCGGUAUAAACUUGUGGCUGUCUAAACUCUACCUGUUUUCCUUUGCCAUUAAAAUAUUAGUUUAUUGUUGAAAAUAGAUUAUUACAGCCUUUAUUAGUCAUUUGAAUGGUCAUAAUUUGAUGUCAUUCAAACAAUAUGAUACUUGAUUAUUUCCGCUUUAUUUGAGUUUCUAGCCUAGCUUAGGGCUUUAUUCGGUCUGAUGUAUUCAAUGACAAAUGAUUUUAUGCUUUCUAUGUCAAUUGUCCUUCGUAUUUUCCUUGGACCUUUGAACAAAUUAUAAAAUUCAACAGAGCAUUGGCAUGGAAACGUAGCACAUUUUAUUAAAUACCAAAGUUGACUUCACAAGCCAAAUGUUCGUGUUGUUUUUCGUAGAACUGGACCGUUACCGUAUUAUUGAUAACAUUGUUAACUACUAUCCGUGUCUUCACACCCCGUUUGUCUGAUAAUUGAGAUUCAGCAUGUGGCCUCUUUUCUUCGUCCAAGUUUCCUCCAUUUAUCUCUGAAUUCAAUACAUAAAGCAUUCGUACUAGAUACACAUCCUGAAAUAUUGGUACCAAUUAAAAUAUAUUGACUAGCAAUUAUCUAUUCAAAAGCUAUAUAUCUUCACUCAAGAUUGGUAUUCUUCCCUAAAAUUACUCUCUGGGUUACUGUUGAUUAGAUUAUUCAACAAUUAGUUGACUUUUUUCUGUAAAUGGUCAUACUUGAGUGCAUAUUAGCUUGAUUCGAAGCAUAAUCAGAAUUCUAGUAAUAGAACUUUUGGGUGGUCAGAAAGUGUUUAGUUAACUGUACAAACACCUAUCUAACCUUUUACCUUGCCAAAUAACGGUAUGCUUUACACAGAUAUUGGUCACCCAAUGAUAUACUUACAACUUAUCACAAUCAGAAGCAAUUAAGAUCUAUGGUGUAGUCCUUAUAUUUCACUGUUAUACUGGGACAGUAGCCAGCCUUGAUCUUAUCGUUAUCUUUUAGUCAAAUAAAGAACCAAAAUUUCCGAUUAGUACAGCGUUUCUAGAUACGUAUAAUAAUUUUGAAUCUUAACCAUUAAUGGUAUUUAGGAUAUUAUUUCUAUUUGUUUCUACAGUGCUUAACUUUUGAUAAUGUUUCUUUUCUAAACAAAUAAUUUAAAUUAUUGUUCGUCUUCAUAUUUAUCAAACUGAAUUUCUGCUUGUAGAAUGCCUAAUAUUAUUAUCUCUGUUUUUUUUAACAGUAACUCCACCAGGGUCAAAGAAUGUAUCCGAAUCAAAUUUACUUAACUAAUCGACAGUUCCCUGUCAAACCAAUGUAAACUUGUGUGUUGCUCUUUCUUCCUAUCCCCUCUCCAACUCCACUUCUUUUUAUUGCCACUUCUCUUUGAGAAGAGUUGUUUGGCGUAACCGAUACUCUCUUAUGCACUUGUGUUUUGUUUUCUUUUUCCGUGUUAUCAGUGUUAUUAAUAAUAACUAGCCACGUCUAAAAUGAUGAAUGGUAAAAAAGGUACUAAUCUCCUAUUUUUCCUAAUGCCUUUUGUCUUCUCAUUUGUAUUUGUGAAUCUUUAUAGUCUUAAUUUUGUGGACUGAGGUUCUGUAUUUUUAUGUUAUUAUUAUUGUUAUUAUUAUCACACUAUCAUUAUUGUUAUUAUAUUAUUAUUACUAUAUUCACUGUUUCGUAAUUUCACUUCCCUAAAACACUACAUGCUUUUGUAUUGAUAAAAAGUUAUUCAUACACUUCGCCGUACCCAUGACUUUAUUCCAACAAUGCUUUUUUGUGCGCGAGUGAAUGAUUUACCAGCUAUUAAUAUUGAAUGCCUGUCCUUGAUACGUUUUUUGUAUGCCAACUAUGAUAUUAAAGAGUUGUAAUUGUAGUCUAUUUUAUCUGACAGUUUCUUUGUCUUAAAUAAACUACUAAUUGUUAAUAUUUUUUUUCAAGAAAGUGAAAUUUUACCACGCAGAACUAAACGAAAAUUUCCACACACACCUUACAAUUUUUUGAUGCUUAGUGUUGACAAUUCACUAAAUUUUGUAAACAAACGUUGUGUACUAUGGAAUGUUGUAGUGAUUUUAAACCGUUUGUCUCAAUUGGGAAUGAAUAUCUUCAUUUGUCCAUUGUAUCUAAGCAUUUCACUUACGCACAUCCACCUUUAUUGCACUGUAUUGUGUUUUUUUUUCAAAUACAGGCUUAUCCUAU